UGGACUACGGUUCCCAGAGUUCCGGGCGGCCGAGGGGGUUGAGGGGCAGCGCGAAGUUUGUGGCGGAGACUGGCUCCUGCUCUCUCCCUGUUUCUCCGGAGCUGCUCCCGCUCCGGCCUCAGGAUGAUCGUGGCCCCGGCGGCCGAGAGGAACAAGGAGCCGAUCCUGGCUGUUAUCCGGCAGCAGCUGUGCUCCCGAGGCCGGGCCCCUGCUCUGGCGCUGGAGUUAGCCUCGGGAUCCGGGCAGCACCUGGUGCACUUCGCCCAGGCUCUGCCCAGUGUGUUGUGGCAGCCGUCUGAAGUGGAGCCCCGGGCCCUGGAGAGCAUCUCGGCAUAUAUUGCAGCAACGAAAGUGUCAAACGUAGAGCAGCCACUUAACAUUGACUGUUCGCAGAGUUGGGAGACCUGGGGAGGAUUGAAGCCAAAUUCGUUUGAUCUUAUUGUAAAUAUUAACAUGAUUCACAUCACAGAGAUAAAGUGCACUGAGGGCCUGUUCAAAGGUGCUGGCCAAUUGCUAAAACCAGAGGCCUUACUCGUCACGUAUGGCCCCUACGCGAUCAAUGGUGUGAUUACUCCACAAAGCAACAUAGAUUUUGAUUUGAGUUUGAGGCAAAGAAAUCCAAGCUGGGGUCUGAGAGACAUAAGCUUGUUAAAGAAAUUGGCUGAAGAAAAUGGGAUGACGUUCAAGCAGAUGGUUGACAUGCCAGCCAAUAAUAAAUGCGUGAUCUUCCAGAAAUGGUCAACUGUAUAGCAGUCAUUCUCACCUGCACUUUUAAGACUUAGGGAAGCAAUGCAAUGUUUAAUUCUGAAUUAUUGUACCAAUCUGUCAUGAUAUGGAAGCACUGUUAAACCUCUUUUAACUAGUUCAACUAAACCAAAUAGCUGACUUUGAUUAAGAUUAAUACAGUGACUGACUGAUUCGUUUUCCAAGAAUUGAAAAUGAUUGAAUUAAAUUUUUCAUUUAUGCUUGAAAGUAUACAGACCCAUUAGAAUGAAUUAUUUUGAAUAGCUCUGAAUUAAAUUGUCUUUUUAAUUGUAAAAAAGGGUGUGUAUGUUUGAGGAGCAGACUUGCUCUCCCACACCCUGUGCCUCACCCAUGUUAUUACAAGCAGGCUGCGUGUCACACUCUGUCCUUGAUGGUUUUUCUAAUCAUACAAAGCAUGAGGUGGGAGGAAGUUACCAGCUUUCAUCCCGGUUUCCAAGUCUAAAGCUGUAAAUUGAGACCUUGCUAUUGUGUCCAACGGCUCUACCAAUUUCUGGUUGAUAACAGUAACUUGCUAAAAGAGGAAUUCCUAUAUGUUCAUAUAGCGUAUGUUUGUUGUUACUUUGGAAUAUGCUCAGUGUCUGCAUUUGAUGUGGCUUGCACUGAAACAGCCUGUAAUUCAGUGAAUCCAGAAUUGUAUGUGUUGAUGUAAUUCUUGAAGGAAAACAAACCAUCUUUCAUGUAAUUGAGUGCCUUUGAUCAGUAUUGUACUGUGACCAAGAUUCUGAUAUGUGUAAAAUACAUCGCCUUUGUUCGAUAUUGUAUGAUGACUGAGUUUCUGAUAUAUAUAAAUAUAUUACCUUUGAUUGAUAUUGUACUGUGACCAAGUUUCUGAUAUAUGUAAAAUAUAUUGCCUUUGAUCGGUAUUGUACUGUGACCAAGUUUCUGAUAUAUGUAUAUUACAUCUAAAAAAGAAACCUACUGUGCCCUGCCCUCACAUCUGUGGCUUUACAGUGACAGAGUGGGGGAGAGCCAGAGGGUAUUGCUGCUCUGGGACCUCGGUGCUCUAGCCUUAUUUUAUUGUGGCCUGUUAUCUGUAGAUUUCUACUGGAUAUGUAUUUAUUAGUACAAAAUUGCUGGAAAAAAUGUAUUUUGUUGGAACUUUUCAUCUUGCCCUCGUCAGGACAAUUUGUAAGAAUACCAAUUCGGGGAAACAAACUGUAGAGGUGCUGCCAUGGAAAAGGCACCAAUUAACAAUGAUUGACAGUUAAAUUUAAACAAACCUGGCAGUUAAAAUGUCUCAUUUGCAUCCUAGGCCCAGUUACCACGAGCUAUUUCACCCACAACCUUCCUUCCAUUGUCUGAAGUAGAGCUGUUUGUUAAUGGUUGUGUUCUCCAACUCCAUUCUCGAUUCCUGAAAUAAUGAAACAAUCCUUGCCCAUGUACAGCAUCUUCCACAGUCUCCAAACUUUAGUGGGAAUGCUGCUGAUUGGCUAAUGUUUUCAACUGCGUGGAAACUCUGAGGUCUGUGAGUGGCAGCAAGUUCCAGAACACCAAUCGCUGAUAAGAGACAAGUAAUGUUUUCCAGGCAAUUAUAUUGCACAAUGACUUUCUGAGGGCGAACACUUUUCCUUGACAAAUUAAAGCAUUAACAUGUUUGGGUCUUUCAUCAGCAACAUCACUGGAGGUGUGAAAGGAGCAAAUCCCUGAUCCAAUUUGACUGGACUGUGUAAUUCCAUCUCUUGACCACCCA